AGGAACAAUUCCUCCCUGAGGUUGCUAUACAGGCAGCAAUGGCUGUUCCUCCACCUCGCGGCCUCAUACCAGUCUACGCCACUCUACUCGACGGCUGCAGUUCGUCCAAGAACCUCCGAACCCUCACGCAGCUCCACGCUAAAACCAUAAAACUCGGCAUUUCCCGCCACGACUUCAUUCGAACGAAGCUCCUCUGCUCCUACGCCGCUUCCUCCCAACUGAAGCAAUCCAACCUUCUCUUCUCCUUCUGCACUAGCCGACCAACCUUCAUAUUCAACACCCUCAUCAGAGCCCACUCUUCCCAAGGCCUCUUUUCUCAGUCUCUGUCCAUUUUUCUCCGAAUGCUCGCCGCCAAUAAACCCUUCGACCGCCAUACCUUGCCUGCGGUUCUCAAAUCUUGUGCCGGGUUAUCGGUGUUGAGGCUCGGCAAACAAGUUCAUGGAGCUGUUUUGGUCAAUGGGUUUGGCUUUGACUUGGCGAAUUCGAAUGCGUUGAUUAGUAUGUAUGCCAAGUGUAGUGAUUUGGCGGGUGCCCAUAAAGUGUUUGACGGAAUGCUAAUGAGGAAUGAGAUUUCUUGGUCGGCAAUUAUGGCGGGGUAUGGGAUGCAUGGAGUGUUUAAUGAGGUGUUUGAGUUGUUUGAUAGGAUGGUGGAGGCAGGAGAAAGGCCGGACGGGGUGACUUUCACUACGGUUUUGACAGCGUGUAGUCAUGGAGGGCUGACAGAGAAGGGAAGGGAGUAUUUUGAAAUGAUGAAGCAGAGGUUCGGGGUGAUUCCCGGGUUGGAACAUUAUACCUGUAUGGUGGAUUUGUUGGGUAGGGUGGGACGGGUGGAUGAAGCAGAGGAAUUAGUUUUGGGGAUGGCGGUGGAGCCGGAUGAGGCAUUAUGGGGUGCAUUGUUGGGGGCUUGUAGGAUUCACGGGAAGGUAGAGGUGGCUGAGAGAGUGGAAGAGAUGCUUCAUGGAAGGCGACCUAGUGUAGCAUCUAUUUGA